GGCAUGGAGGUCGGGGUAGCCGUCAAAGACCUCUUCAAACAUUUCAAGAACAAUCCCGUCCCGUCCGUCGACCAUUUAAGUGUCGACUUUUAUAAAAAUCAAAUUACAGCUUUUUUGGGUCACAAUGGGGCCGGGAAAUCUACUACCAUGUCGGUGAUGGCGGGCUUACUGGCAGCAGACAGUGGCACGGUAUAUGUCAAUGGAUACGAUGUGCACAAGGACAUGGAUAAAAUCAGAAAGAACUUUAGCUUAUGCCCUCAGCAUGAUAUCCUCUUUGACCUACUAACGGUGAAACAGCAUAUGAUGUUCUACGGGCGUCUGAAGGGUCUGACGAUGGCACAGACGACCAAAGAUUCAAUGGCCAUCAUUCGAGAUUUGAACCUCAUCAAUAAAAUCAACACACCAUCUAGAGAACUAUCUGGUUGCGGUAUGAAGAGGUUACUGUCUAUUGGCAUAGCUUACCUCGGGUCACCACUGGUCAUUGUUUUGGACGAGCCAUCUACUGGUGUGGACGCCCACACUAGAAGAUCUAUCUGGGCAUUGCUACAAACAUAUAGGAAUGGUCAGACAACGAUAAUAUCGACUCACGCCAUGGAUGAGGCGGAUUACGUGAGUGACCGGAUUGCCAUCAUCUGGAAGGGGCAGUUGAUUUGUUCCGGAUCACCAAUGUUUCUUAAGAAGACUUUUAGCAAAGGCUACAGACUGACCGUCGAACUAUAUGGUUAUUAUUAUUAUCAUAUUAUUUAA